AUGGGCAAUCUAUGUUCUCGAUCCUCCAACAACGACCCUGAAGCCUUCACAGGACCAGGGCGCGUGGUCGGAACAUCCGGUCAACAAAACCCGGCCCCCCGCGCAGCGCCUCCAUCAAAUACAAACUGGAAGGCAUCACCGGGUCGGACGCUCGGCGACACCUCCUCACCCGGCGGGGCGCAAGGGGCUGGUGACGAGGCUCGAUCCAAUGCCGCAAUUGCAGCACAGAAACGCGCCGACUCCGUUACAACGGCGAGCAAGGGAAAGCUCGGUUCCAAGCUAGCGGCGCAAAAAGCGAAGACGCAAACUCAGACUUUAGGUGAAGUUAGUCGCGAUGAGAGGGCGGCGCGGGAUGUAGAUCAGGUGGAGCAGGCGAGGCAAUGGUCUUGA